AUGGGAUUUUUGAGUGGUGUGCUUGGUGCGGUGAAAAACGAAAAUGAAGUGACAACUUAUGAUCAAUACAUCAGUGGAAUGAAGCUUCAAACAGUACUAGACACCUUAACUAAAAAUAUUGGCACCGGUCGUGAAGGGCUUGCGGCGUCUGUCGGCGCGGUGAAGGGGUGGUUGGGGAAAUAUAAUUCACAAGUUGAGACAUUGACUAAUAAUGUUACUACAAAAUUAGGUGAGUUAAGUACUAAAUUAUCAUCUCCUGCAGGUGAAUAUUACUCAAGAGUUUCAAGCGAAGAAUGUUUUUCUCUUGGCAAGCUACUGAAGGAGUGGAAGUCGACGGUCAAAAUGAUUGAAACAAAUGUCAACAAUAUUCAUAAUAAUGCUUCUAAAUUAGAUACUGCGUUAAGAAGUAGCGUGUUGCAUGAGGUUAAGGCAAUUAGCUUGACUGUUAAAAUGUUGACUGUUUCUGCUACAGAUGAAGUGUUUAAGAGCCAAGUAAGGAUUGCAGAUCAGACACUGGUAGACCAGAGAGAGUCUAUUAAGAACAAAAUCAGAGAGGAAUCCGAUGUCCUCCAUUCAUGGUUGGAAACAGAAUUUAAAAAUAUCCGUGCAAAGGUCACUGCUUUGCACGAUACAAAAAAGGGCUACACUGAAGAUAUCAAACAAAAGUUGCAUGAUGCUAAGAAUAUGUUGGAUAAUGAUUUCGAUGGGACAUAUAGAAAUAUAAUUGAACAUCAUUUUAAUAAAAUAACAGAUGCAAUGGAAUACAUUAAAAACGGGAGCACUAGCACAAAAGGAAAACUCAGAGAGGAAUUCGAAAAAGUGAAACAGACGGUUGCGGUAAUCGGUCAGGAGUUCACCAAUGCAAACGAUAAUCUAGAUCAGUGGAAAAAAUACGCUACAAAGGUAGUUUGUGACGCUAUGCGCGAUGCAGGGACUGUGUAUACGGAGUUGAACCAUAAGAAGCACGGUGAUGGCCCUAGAAAUACAGAUAUUGGUAAAGCAAUUGAUACCAUUGAAGCAGCCAAUACACAGAUAGAAAAGAUGAACACUAAUCUGGUUGAAAUCCACAAAAACUUGGAAAUUUGGAAAAAAGAGGCUGGAAAAGCAGUUACAGAUGCAAAGACUAAGGUUAAGGAAAUUGUGAAUAAGCUUGAUGGAAAAAAUGAUGAAGGCAAAUAUGGAGAGCGAAAAAAAAUAACCGAAGCGGUAAGCGAACUGCAAGAACGAGCAGAUAAGCUCUUAGGAUUUGCCAAAAAGGCCAAGACGGAAGUCAGUAGCUUGAUUAGGACAUUGCCUGCGACAAUGACGGAGGAAGUGCGUAACAUUAUAAAACAAGAUUUGACCAAAUUGAAGGGUGAUUGUCAGACGUGGGUCAAGGAUUAUUUUAAAGGGCUUGAAGGUGUUAAGUGGGAGGAUGCCUAUGGUAAAGACGGUGUCAUUCAAGGUCUGCAGGCAAAUAGUAGCAGAAUGCAGGCGUGGAUUAAAGAGUUUAGUGAUCAUAGCACAUAUAAUAACGAAUUCAAGGAAACGAUAAGAAGUCUGAAAAAUCUCAAAUACACAUAUAAGUCACCGUCCACCCAAAUUACAGCUUUCUCUGCCAUGGGAGAGGAUGCCGGUACAAAAAUUCAUGACAUGUAUCGGAAAGUUGAGAGCGUCAACGGAAACAUAAUGCCGAAAUUCGAAGAAUCCAAGUCUACGGCGAUCGACACAAACAUUAAAAAAUUUAACGGUGAGGGCAUUCAAGAACUUGAUGGUCUCAUCGUUGAUACAGAAGGUGGUGGUGACGAUAAAAUAGGCACUAAUACCUUCAAAAAGUUGGGGUGA